AUGCUCCAUGGAAACAAUCGUGCAAUGGGGGAUAAAGCUGAAGGGCGGAGGACCUGUUGUCAAACCCUGGGAAAGGCAUUUAGAUAUGAGUUUAAAUGUCGAAAUCUGGGAUUCAGUGGAGCUAACUAUGAACUCUUCCCAUUUGCUCAAUGGAAGUGGAUGGAUAAAUACUUCUAUCCAAUCUACCGAUUCUUCAUUGCCGUCGGUUUGUUAGUCUGGGCUUGCGUGGAGAUUCCGCUGGGGAUUGAGCUAAGAGGACUCAAACAUCCAUGGAUCAAUUACUUCCUUUACGCCACAAAUUGGUCCUUUCUCACGUACACUUUCAGCUCCAGUGUCUUCGCAAUAUUCUGCACGUUUUACAAUUGCAAGAAAGCCCGUUUCUACCUACCAGAAUCGGAGUUCAAGCACACAAUUCCAGCAAUUACGGUUUUCUUAGAUGUAUGUGUAAAUGGACUCCCUAUUCGAUUAUUCCACACUAUAUAUCCGAUGAUCUACGGUGUAAUUUAUGUCACCUUCUCCUAUAUCUACUACAAUGCCGGCCAUAACAAACCAAUCUACCCGGUGCUUGACUGGAGUAAACCAGGAAAGGCUGCUUCUGUUAGCGCGACAGUCAUCGCCGUCUGUGUUGUUGUGCAGUUCGUUCUCUACCUUCUCUACAUUGGUCGCAUCACUCUGAGCGCACGCCUGAAUGGCCGCGGUAAAGUCGUAAUUGACAGGUGGUGGAAUGCAGGUUCUCAAGCCACCCCCAUCGACGCAUCUGGAGAAGCUGAUAUUGAAGCUGUAGAAUGGGAGGAGAAAUAUCAGCUAGAACAAAAGGAGUAG